AUGUUCAUCUUCGUCACUUUGGCUUUUAUGGAUGCCGCACUAGAUGAUGCAAGAAGCAUAAACGAUACCGACACGUCAAUUGCGGGGCCUUCUUGUGCAGUUAUCGAAUCUAACUGCUCUGAGAUUGCGGCUGUGAACACCGAAUUGCCCACUGCUGCUGAUGUCACUGUGAACUCUGUAUCACAAGGAACUGAAUCCCUCGACUUUCAGGCACCGAAUUUUGGGGUUAUCGAACUUAACUGCUCUGAUAUUGUGGCUGUGAACGCCGAAUUGCUCACUGUUGCUGAUGAUACUUUGGACUCUGAAUCACAUGGAGCUGAAGCUCUGGACUUUCAGGCACAAACUAAUGAAGCUGAUUUGAAUGGUAAACAUUUGUGUGUGAAAGAUUCUGAGACCGACAAGGAUCAUUCGAGUGCCAUUAUCCAAUCCCCAAAAACGGCGAGUCUCUUUUCACCCCAGAAGCGGAAACCUUACCAUGGUUGGAUUAGCAACGACGAAGAGGACGAUUUCAUGUAUCUGAUGCCAGAACCAUUACCGGAAGCACUGAAAAAGUGUCUAAGACUGAACAAAAAGCGCAUUCAAAGGUGGGAUCUGAGGCCUGAAGAUGUGUAUGGCUCUCAUCUAUCUCCUGCACCACCAUGUUCAUAACACUAUGUAGAAGUGUGCUGUAUAUAGAU